GAAUACGGUACCGGCGCUUUGCAUUAUGGGAUACAGAGUAAGAUGGAAGCGGUCACAGGGAGCAUGUUGAGGCGUCAAUAACACAUAUUUUUAAAUGAAAUAUACCCACCCGAGGCUUUAAUUAACCAAUCGUUGUGAUAAUAACAAAGGACUCAACUGGCACCAGACCGCUUUUAGACGUGGAAACAGUAAAUUCCGGACAUGUCUGUACUGGGAGGUUUACUGGGAGCUGGAGCCUCCUUCUGUCGGUCUGCUGGGACUCUGCUGCACACUGUCAGGACCAUUUCUACUGGUACAUGCUGCCAGAUCAGGAUGCAUGCCAUCCCACAGCUGAAAAAAGUGGACAGGUGGACUGAGAAGAGGAGCAUGUACGGAGUUUAUGAUAACAUAGGAAUCUUAGGGGAUUUCAAAGCUCAUCCCAAAGACCUCAUUGUGGCCCCCUGCUGGCUGAAGGCUUUCAAAGGUAAUGAACUGCAGCGUCUAAUCAGGAAGAAGAAGAUGGUGGGAGACAGAAUGAUGACUCUGGACAGACACAACUUGGAGAAGAGGAUCCGCUUCCUCUACAGACGCUUCAACCGCACCGGCAAACACCGCUAACAUCGUCGACCAAACCGCACCGGCAAAUACAUCAGACCAGCCAAUAAGGACUGUUGGAGUCUAGUGAUGUGAUUUCAUGCUGUCACUCUGUAUAUUGCCUUUUUUGUAAGUUAUAUGAAAAAAGAGAAGUGGUUUAUGUGUUAAGAAGUAGCAUACAUCAUGCACCUUCUUUUAUUGAUUGUUUUUGACCCCAUUAACAACUGAUUUUCCUGAUCAACACAAACAAAAUGAUAUAAAAGCCUGAAAAUACAUUUUAAGACUUGACUGGAAAAGAUGCCUUCUUUGGUUCCUUAGAUCUCAUACAGCAAAGAACUGGUCUUCUUUGUUCUGAUCAAAUGCUUUGAUGAUCUUGCCAGAGAAUGUCAGAAUAGAGAGCGACCCACUGGGAGAUCAAAGGUCAGAGAUGGAGCUCAGUAUGAGAGGAGCCAUUUAAAAUAAUGAAUAAAGGGUGAUUUUGCUAA